GAGUUCAAGGAGGCAGGGCGCGAAUUCCGGCAGGACGUCUACAGCUACAACGACUGGCGAUGGCAUCGCGAGUCGGGCCAUAUCGCGAGCGCAAUAUCGUCGGUUUUCACUUCCGGGGUCGGUAAGGCCAUGUGGAGGGAGACCUUCUUCGUCAUCGCCACUGCCGCCGCUGUUUACCUGUACAACAUCGGCGUGCCCGUGCUGGCUGCCAAGACCGCGGCGUCGCUGCCCAUCGUGGCCGCCCUUCUCGGCCGGCUGCCGCUCCUCCACCUCUCCCUCCUCCCGCUCACCCUCUCGUCGCCCGCCCUCUUCCUGCUGCUGGUCUUCCGGACAAACAACUCGUACGACAGGUGGUGGGAGGCGCGUAAGGUCUGGGGCGGCGUCAUCAAUGCGUCCCGCGACCUCGCUCGCCAGGCCCUGGCCCUCGUGCGCGACGCGGAGCUGAAGAAGCUCAUGGUCUCGCAGAUCGCCUCGUAUGCGCGCGUCCUCAAGUACCAUCUGGGCCCGCCCACUCCUGAGGCGAGGGACCUGUUGCGGAACGAGCUCGUCGACAACCGCUUGCCGGCCGACCAGGUCCGGGUCAUUAUGGAGGCGAAGCAUAAGCCGAUGGCGCUGCUCGGGCUCGUCUCUGCUAGCCUGCAUGACUCGGGGCGGACCGGCCUCGACACGGUCCAGGCCUCCAAGCUCGAUCAGACUCUCUCGCUGCUGACGGACUACCUGGGCAAGUGCGAGAGGAUCGUCAAGACCCCACUGCCGCUGGUCUACACGCGCCACACCGCCCGGUUCCUCUCUUGGUGGCUGCUCUUUUUGCCAGUCUGCCUGUACAAUCAGCUUCGGGCAAACUGGAUGAUCGUCCCGGUCUCGGGCCUCAUCGGAUUCUUCUUGGUGGGCAUCGAGGACCUCGGCAACCAAAUCGAGGAGCCCUUCUCCAUCUUGCCGCUCACCGCCAUGGGCACCGGGAUCCAGCAGUCGAUUUUCGAGGCCCUU